GGUUAUUGUUUCACAGAUGGUGUUGGCAAAGUCUCUCCCUUCGUUGCUCAGAUGGUUGCAAAUGAGCUCUACACUCGCUGCGGUUCUCAAGACUACCCAUCUGCCUUCCAGUUUCGCUUGGGUGGCUUCAAAGGCAUCCUUGUGGUAGACCCUGCCUUGAAGGGCAAAAAGGUUUUACUCCGACCUAGUCAAUGCAAGUUUGAUGCACCAGCCGUGGGACUCGAGAUCAUCAAGCCCUCAAAAUUCUCCUCGUCGACUCUCAAUCAGCAGAUCAUUCUCGUUCUCACUGGUCUAGGAGUUCCCAAGCAAGUCUUUCUUGACAAGAUGACCAAAGAACUCCAGGAUAUCGAUCUCGCAAUGAGCGAUGAGACCAAGGCUCUGAAGAUGUUACAGAAGAACAUUGAUUUCAACCAAGUGACCCUCACUAUGGCAGGUAUGAUCCUCGAUGGAUUUAUGCACUCUGAUGAGCCAAUGUGUCAGGUACUCUUGAAGCUCUGGCGUACCUGGAAUUUGAAGUAUCUCAAGGAGAAAGCAAAGCUGUUUAUCGAGAAGGGUGCAUUUGUUCUGGGUUGUGUCGAUGAGACAAACACGCUCAGAAUGGACCCCGGUGAGCUUCCCGAGAUAUUCAUCCAAGUACCUGGCGAGAAUGAGGGCGAGUGGAAGACGGCUGAAGGUGUCUGUUUGCUUGCGCGUAACCCCUCUCUGCACCCAGGCGAUAUUCGUGUGGUCAGAGCCGUUCAAUGUCAUGCUCUGAAGCAUCUCAAGAACGUUGUUGUUCUACCACAGCAAGGAGAAAGACCGCUUGCCAAUAUGUGUUCUGGUGGAGACUUGGAUGGCGAUGACUACCUUGUCAUGUGGGAUGACGAUCUACUGCCACCAAAGUCGCAGUGGGACCACCCUGCAAUGAACUACGACGCACCCACACCUGUCAUGUGCGCUGGAGCCGUACAAGACGAGCAGUUCGUCAAAUUCUUCGUCGAUUACAUCAAGAACGACAAUCUUGGACAAAUAGCUACCAACCAUCGUGCCACAGCAGACCGAGAGGCCGCCAAUGGCGGAGUAAAGGAAGAGAAAUGUCUUGCUUUGGCCCAGCUCCAUUCACAAGCAGUUGACUUCAACAAGACGGGUGUUCCUGCCAUCAUGGACCGAAUUCUCUGGCCGCAAAGAUACCCUCACUGGAUUCCUGGAAAGGCUCUCAAGCGCCAAUAUCACUCCUAUGGGGUGCUUGGGGGUCUGUACGACCAGGUCGUGCCCGAGAAGUUUGUACCCGAUUACGACAAACCUUUCGACAGCCGUGUCUUGAACGCGUAUGUCUUGACCGAAGACAUGUUGCAAAAGGCCAAGGAGUUCAAGGUCGGAUAUGAUCAACAAAUGCGCCGUGUUAUGGCCCAACACAGCAUUCAAACCGAGUUUGAAGUCUUCACAGCAUUUGUCAUGGACCACAACAGAGAGAAACAUUGGUAUUCUCUCGCAGAAGAUCUCGGUAACUUAAUGAGCAGUAUCAAGGCCGACUAUCAGGCUGAAGUGAGAGAGCAUCUUGGACUGAUCGACUCUGGCUACAUGGUGUCAGAGAAGGCAUUCGACAUACUCGGACCUUUCGUUGCUGCCAUGUACACCGUCACUGCACAAGAGGUGGCCCAGUGGAAGGAUAGUAGGCUGGUGUCGGUUGACGGAGACACUAGCAACGCUCCCUUCAUCACCUACCCCUGGCUGUUCAGCAAGGAGAUGGGAAUGAUUGCUGUCAAGAAGUCUGGGCCUUCCUCGCUACGAGCUAUGUUUGCUCCCAACGGCGAGAUCAGACAGCGAGCGCCACUCAUGAAGACUAACUACAAGACAGAGCUUUCUGGCAUCAGGCUGGAGCCCUUGGCAGAGUGGAAGCCUGAACAUGGUAUGGGUGUGGGUGACCACGUGGGGACUACGGCUUUUGAUAUUGCAGCAGUCGAAGAUUCAGAUGAGAUCACUGAUGCCUCUGUCGGAGCCAACGAUGACUGUCCAGCAUCUACAAGAUCCAACUCUGCCCAGGAAUCAUACUCUGAAGAAAGCAGUGAGGAGAUCACCAUCGACGCAGACGUCGAAGAAGUUUGUGACGACGAUGACAACAGCAGUAGCGACCAAAGCCACGACAUGAUGGCUGAGCAGGCCGAAGAGGCAGGACCAGAUGAGGCAGGAACAGAAGAGGCAGGAGCGGAGGAAGCCGAGGCCGAGGUUGAGAUUGAGACGGCAUACGAUCGUUUGAUGGCCAUGAUGGCUUGAAGUGAACACAGCAUGAA